CUUCUCAGCAAACUCUCCCAGCACAAACACUCCAAAAGGACAAACUGCGACUAUUCCUCCGUUCAUAAUUGUUACAUCAUUAAAAAGAUGAAAAUGAAUCUAAACUCAUCAUCUGGGUCACAGUGACACCUUAAACCCGAUAAAAAGAAGGUAUUAAAAAAUAAUCACCAUGACGAUUGUGACAACGUUGGGAAGAAUGUCUCCAAUCAUGGAGGGAGAAGACAGCGAGGAAGAUGUCUGCCCUUCCUCUGUCCAGAUAAAACACUUUAACACCAACAACAGCAACAACAAUGAAGAUCAAGAGAAGAAGAAGAAGAAGAAGAAAGCAAAGAAGGAGAAAAAAGAAAAAAGAGAAGAAAAAAAAGAAAAGAAAAAGAAGAAGGAGCAGAAGGAGCAGGAGAAUGAGAAAGAAAAGGAGAAAGAAAAAGAGAAAGAAAAGGAGAAGAAAGAAGGGCCGAAGGAGGUGUUUGUGAUUAAUCCGGCCAGUAACCUGUACUACCAGUGGCUGCUUCUCAUCACGCUGCCCGUCAUGUACAACUGGACCAUGAUCAUUGCGAGAGCCUGCUUUGAAGAAUUGCAGCAUAAUUAUCUGUUCACAUGGUUCCUCCUGGACUACACCUGUGAUCUGCUGUACCUGGCUGAUAUGGCCUUCAGAGCAAGAACUGGAUACCUUGAGCAGGGUUUGCUUGUCAAAGAUCAAAAGCUUCUCAUCAAGCAAUACAAGGACAGCACUCAGUUCAAACUUGAUGUCAUCUCCAUGGUACCCACCGACGUGCUGUACUUAAUCCUGGGGCUGGACUACCCUGAGAUCCGCAUCAACAAGCUGCUGCGCAUUAACCGCAUGUUUGAGUUCUUCGACCGUUCUCAGACUAUGACCAACUACCCCAAUAUCUUCCGUAUCUGCACUUUGGUCAUGUAUAUCAUCAUCAUCAUUCACUGGAACGCAUGCCUUUACUUCUCCUUCUCCAAAUCUAUUGGUUUUGGCGCAGAUCCCUGGGUCUACCCGGCGCUCACGGAGCCUGAGUUUGGGGACUUGAUGAGGAAGUACUCUUUCAGCCUCUACUGGUCCACACUGACUCUCACCACCAUCGGGGAAACACCUUCACCUGAGCUGGACUCCGAGUUCCUCUUCCACGUCGUAGACUUCCUGGUUGGUGUCCUGAUCUUCGCCACCAUUGUUGGAAAUAUCGCUACAAUGAUCUCCAACAUGAAUGCUGCCCAAGCCCAGUUUCAGGCGCGCAUAGACAACAUCAAGCAGUACAUGCAUGUGCGGCAUGUCAGCAAGGACCUGGAAAAGCGCGUCAUCAAGUGGUUUGACUAUCUGUGGACUAAUAAAAAGGCACAAGAUGAAAGGGAGGUACUGAGGUACCUGCCAGACAAGCUGAGAGCAGAGAUUGGUAUGAAUGUUCACCUGGAUACGUUAAAGAAGGUAAGGAUCUUCGCAGACUGUGAGGCAGGAUUGCUAAUUGAGCUUAUUCUUAAACUUCGGCCUCAGGUGUUUAGCCCCGGUGAUUACAUCUGCCGCAAGGGUGACAUUGGCCGCGAGAUGUACAUCAUCAAGGAGGGAAAACUUGCCGUGGUGGCUGAUGAUGGCAUCACACAGUUUUGUGUUCUGGGUGAUGGAAGUUAUUUUGGUGAGAUCAGCAUCCUGAACAUCAAAGGCAGCAAAGCAGGGAACCGCAGGACGGCUAACAUCAAAAGCAUCGGCUACUCAGACCUCUUCUGCUUGUCCAAGGAUGACUUAAUGGAAGCUCUGACUGAGUACCCUGAUGCCAAAAACAUGCUGGAGGAAAAGGGGAGGCAGAUCCUGAUGAAAGAUGGUCUGAUUGACCUGGACCCGGCAAACCUGAAGCCAGACCAGAAGGACUUGGAGGACAGAGUGCACCGAAUUUACACCACUAUGGAGCUAAUGCAGGCCAAAGUCAAUAAACUGCUAGCAGAUUACAAAAAAACUGAGCAAAACCUGAAAGAGCGCAUUGCUCUGAUAGAAAGCUAUGCUGGGGAGGAGGUAGAAGAGGAUGAGGAUGAAGAUGAGGGGCAGGAAGAGACCAAGGAAGAGGCUGCACUAGAGAAAGUCAAGGAGGAGAAGAAAGACGAGGACAAGUAGAAAGUCUGAAAUGUUGAAGAAGCUAAAUGUUUCACUGCCAGAAAGAGUUCCAAGUAGAACCUUGUUAGA